CUAACUCUCCUCUCUUCUUCUGCCACGUUGUCGCCCACGCCCCCUCCCCCCACAGUCUCUGUAGUUCGCUUUCUAGCUGUUCUCGUUGGAGUUUCCCACCCGUUUCUCACAUGCCCAGGUUACCCCGCCUGCCACCUUACGUUCGUCCCAUGCAUCUCCUCCGAUCAUGACAAACGGACGACCGACCGCAUAGGGUCCCUAGCAACGCAGCAAUUAGUAGCCACCACACCAGCAAACGGUCCAACACAGGCACUGGCUCAUCUCACAGGCGUCGCACAGCAGACGCACCCGCCAAGCAGGGCUCCGGACUUUCGGUUCGAUCGACGGGGGUUAGAGGUCCACGCCGCCUCGUACACUGUGGACCGUGGGAGUUCCACAGCACACAUGUGCCUGACCUCUGACUGACGUCUUUCAUCGUCCGCUCCCCAUUAGGUAUUCGUACAGUCAGGGCCCCCCCGGCACCGCAUCCCGACGCUCCACGGUCCGCCGGCCACUUGUGGGAGAGGGAGGGAGCCAAACCUUUGCUUUACAGGCAACGUAAGCUACAAGACUAUAAGUACAUACAAAAUCCAGGUUCGGACGGGGUGGCCGUGCCGCCCGCGUGCCCGCGCCCGCUGUCCCUCAAUUGACUCUUUCGGUUUCUGACCCAUUCGGGACAUUUUGCGCCCCCCCACCCUCAGUCUCAGUUCUCCAGUGCUGCAAAGGGGCGCUCAAGGCGGUUUGUUAUUGGGGCGCCCGCCGCACGGCAUCCGCUAAAAACCGAGGAAGCCCGUCACCCCUCCUCCCUCGAUAGAACUGCCGUGUGUUGUCCGUCGCGCGAACCUCUCUCUCUACCCUCCCGACCUAGCCCGACGAAUCCCCUCGAAAAGUUUUCUUUCGAGGAGACCACGGAAGGGGUUUCCCGAAUCAUGAGCAGCCCUACCGUCGGGUCCCUUCUGGCUGCCAUUGCGACACUCAUCAGUGAUGGCCUGCGAAUCCUCCAGCUCGCCGACAAGCGCCAAUGGGGACCUGACGAACAUGAGCAGUUGCGCCUGCUCGACGACGCCCUCGACGAUGCCAAGAAGGACUUUCAGGAGCUGUCGGUCCUCGUCAACGGCCAACGCUAUUACAUGAACGAUCGAAAACCCCAUUCAAUCGCCGAGUUACAGGUAUUGCGUUCCAAAUUCGAGCUUCACGUCGCCAACUUCAAGGACUGGGCCAGGAUAGGAGGGCCCAUCAACCCCGUAUGGGCCCGGGACACGACUGAGUUGCGCCGCGAGCUUCAUCGCGCACAGUGCCGCGCUGCAAGAAGGAUAUUCGCCGCGGAACAAGAGACGUCCGCUAGGUGCCUAGGCGCCUUUCUAGUCUACAGAAAACAGCGAGAAUGGCGGAACCGGCUCGCCUUGAAUGAAGAGGAGCACCACCGGCGACACGUGGAGGAGGUGGUAGCUUGCAACACCAUUGGUAAAUUUGAGCGCUUCGGGGACGGGGGCAUUGCCUUUGUAUGCGACUUUUGCGACGGACACCUGGUGUGGGAAGAUCUGGAGAGCAUGCCAUCGCUCCGUGCCGCCGAGGAGUCCAGCACCAGCCCCUUGCCGCCCAUUUCGCCGACGACACAGAUGCCCUAUUGGCAGGCGACGGGGUUCACAGUAUCAAAACGACGACAGGAGAAGACGGUUGUGUUCGCGCCCCUAGCGAUAGCGAACCACAUGGCGCCGUAUCAGGGGGACUGGGUCGCCCGCCUCCUCUGCCCCUUUUGCGACGAGGCUCCUUAUGCCGAGGUGGGCGAUGAUGACGAUGACCUGCGGGAUCCCCUCGACGAUUCCGGUUUCGAGGAUCUCCAGGCAUUCCAGGAGCACCUUGAAUGGCAACACACGGCGGCCUCAAUACCGGCCGUACCCCUACCCAAGGCGGCCAAGGAGUGUCUAGUGAUGUGACACGACUGAAAUUCGACAGCGGUUUAUGGCGGCGCAAUACGGUGGUUCGUUCGUGUAUACAUAUACAUUUGCGUAUCGUCUUUUUGACAUGGGCGAGGAGUUGGGGAAUUCUUUUUUACAAAGAGGGACUGGAUUCGUUCAUCCGCACUACGACGCAUGAGAUUAUUCCUGGGUUAUACGCCUUUUUUUUUUUUUUUUUUUUUUGCAUUCCUACUUCUUGAUACCGCAGAAGGGGCCAGAAGGGGCCAUUUCAGACACCAGUACUAAGAUGGCACCACGGUCACCACCAUCCAGUCUAGAGAGACUCAUCAGAGCAUAG